AUGGUUCAUGCCUCCUCCUCACUCCGCACCACACCGCGCCUCCACACCGCGCCUCCACACCGCGCCUCCACACCGCGCCUCCACACUGCACCUCCACACCUGCAGCUCCACACCGCACCUCCACACCGCGCCUCCACAGCACACCUGCACACCGCGCCUCCACACCGCGCCUCCACACCUGCACCUCCACACCGCGCCUCCACACCUGCACCUCCACACCGCACCUCCACAGCACACCUCCACACCGCGCCUCCACACCGCGCCUCCACACCUGCACCUCCACACCGCACCUCCACAGCACACCUCCACACCGUGCCUCCACACCGCGCCUCCACACCUGCACCUCCACACCGCACCUCCACACCGCACCUCCACACCUGCAGCUCCACACCGCACCUCCACACCGCGCCUCCACAGCACACCUCCACACCGCGCCUCCACACCGCGCCUCCACACCGCGCCUCCACACCGCACCUCCACAGCACACCUCCACACCGCGCCUCCACACCGUGCCUCCACACCGCGCCUCCACACCGCACCUCCACACCGCACCUCCACACCGCGCCUCCACACCGCGCCUCCACACCUGCACCUCCACACCGUGCCUCCACACCGCGCCUCCACACCUGCACCUCCACACCGCACCUCCACACCGCACCUCCACACCGUGCCUCCACACCGCGCCUCCACAGCACACCUCCACACCGCGCCUCCACACCGCGCCUCCACACCGCACCUCCACAGCACACCUCCACACCGCGCCUCCACACCGCGCCUCCACACCUGCACCUCCACACCGCACCUCCACAGCACACCUCCACACCCCGCCUCCACACCGCGCCUCCACACCCCGCCUCCACACCGCGCCUCCACACCGCGCCUCCACACCGCGCCUCCACACCGCACCUCCACAGCACACCUCCACACCGCGCCUCCACAGCACACCUCCACACCGCGCCUCCACACCACGCCUCCACAGCGCGCCUCCACACCGCGCCUCCACAGCACACCUCCACACCGCGCCUCCACACCGCACCUCCACACCGCGCCUCCACACCACGCCUCCACACCUGCAGCUCCACACCGCGCCUCCACACCACACCUCCACACCUGCAGCUCCACACCACACCUCCACACCACACCUCCACACCACACCUCCACACCUGCAGCUCCACACCUGCGGCUUUGGAGCACAUGUUCCAGUGA